UCCUGGAGAGACUCCUGUCGAAGUUUGAGCUUGCACUCAUUCGAGCACCACUUGACCUGGAUUUCCUGGAGUUUGCAUGUCGCCAGGAGCUGUACCUCCUGCAAGCACUUUCAAGACAUGUUGACAUACCGCAAGGAAUAAUCCAAGCUCUUCAAGAGCUGUUUGGACUACUUAGGCAAUAUUUAGAUUCAGAAGCCCCAAAUACAGCAGUGGGAUCAGUUAUUGGUCUAAGAGGACGUCCUAAGUUUGAAAUUGAGAGGCAGUAGUUGGUUGAGAUGUUGGGGACAAACCUAUCGGUGCCUUGCAUUGCAAAACUGCUAGGUGUUUCUUCCAGUACAAUCUUUAGAAGGAUGAGAGAGUUUGGCUUAUCUGUUUCAGAACUUUAUAGCUCCAUCAGUGAUGAGGAGUUGGAUAACGUGGUCAUAUCUAUCAAGAAUGACAUGCCCACUGCUGGAUACCGAAUGGUCAAAGGACGGUUGUUAUCUAUUGGUCUACGUGUACAAUGGACAAGAAUGGCUGCCUCAAUGCAUCGAGUGGAUUCCAUAGGCAUCCUCUCCAGACUGGCUAGUCUGGGCUGUGUUGUGAGGAGAACAUAUUCAGUGCGAGGGCCUCUCUCACUUGUGCACGUGGAUACCAACCACAAAUUGAUAUGUUACAACAUUGUCUUAUUUGGUGGAGUGGACGGGUAUUCGAGAAAGGUAAUGUACUUGGGUGCUUCGACCAACAACCGUGCGUCAACAGCCUACGGCUUCUUCCUAGAGGCAACACAAAGACAUGGAGUGCCUUUAAGGGUCAGAGGAGACCAAGGUGUAGAAAACGUACAGAUAGCGAGAUUCAUGUUUUCGGUUCGCGGCACCGACCGUGGAAGCUUCAUCUCUGGUAAAAGUGUUCAUAACCAGAGGAUUGAGCGUCUUUGGCGUGAUGUACGAGUCAUAGUCACCAACAAGUACUCUGCGAUACUGCUCUGCCUCGAAGAGGAUGGUCUGCUCGACAUCUCAUCAACAGACGACCUCUUCUGUGUGCAUUACAUUAUUCUUCCCCGACUUCAGAUGGACUUGGGGAUUUUUACAGAAGGCUGGAACCAUCAUCCACUCAGCACUGAACGGAACCAAUGUCCAGAGCAGUUAUGGCAACUUGGACUGAUGCAGACAAACAUUGAUCAGCCGGAGAGCCCAGAGGAGCCAGAUGUUGACUGGGAAAUUGCUGCUGACCAUGAUGGAGAAGAAGAGGAUGCAGGGAUUGUCGUCCCCGAAUUCGACUGCCCUUUGAGUCCAGAAGACAUAACUGAACUUGAAUCAGUAUUUCAGCAAAUUGACCCAAACACUCCGGUCAAGGAACUGUACUUACUCUGCCGUGAGUAUGUAGCUGAAAGAUGUGGCUCUUAAGAAAUACAGCUCCCUUGAAUGACACAGAUGAGGGUAAACAUGGCCUUAAGCCUCAUAGUAGGAAUAUAAUGGGGAAACAGUUUAAGUUAGUAACGUGUAUUAUAUGUGUAUUACAGUGACUAUAAGAGGUGGAAGAAGUACUUAACUAAAAGUAGAAAUACCAAAAUGUAACAAUACUCUGUUCCAAGUAAAAUUCCUGUGUUCAAAGUGUUACUUAAGUAAAAGUACCAAGAGUAAAAUAAGUCAGGAUGCCGAUUUCAGGAUAGAGUAAAGUUACUUGGCACAACUGGUGACUGGGUUUUUAUUCCAUUAAAUUGAAACAACAGACACAAAAUACAGCUCAAAAGUAUAAUGGUUCCCCAACUUCGCCAUUUGUUUCAAAAAACAUUUUGACUGGAACAGUAUGUGAUGUCACUUGAACGUUUGACUGUACAGUAACAUUCUCAUCUUGAACAAAUGAAAACCUCGUCAAAUAAAGUGCAAUAAAGACUGUUUUAACA